CAUCUGGGGCGAGCUUGCCGCUGCUGUGGCUACGGGGCUCCUCAGGUGGCGGCGCCUGCGGUCGCGCUACGGAGGCCCGGUUGCCGGAUUACGGGAAAGUAUUUAAGAAGCUUGUGGAUUAAUAUGAAUCAAAGUAAUAUAAGAUCUGCAGGAAGCCCCUCAAAAUAGCUGGAAAGGAAGAAUUUCUAGACUCUUCAUCAAGAUCUUCAAUUACACGGUUAAAUCUAAGGCUCCUGUGGUAAAAUCAUGAAUAAAAAUACAUCUGCUGUGUUAUCAUCCAGUCUACUUGAAAAGGAUCCUGCCUUUCAGAUGAUUACAAUUACCAAGGAAACAGGCCUUGGUCUGAAGAUCCUAGGAGGAAUUAACCGAAAUGAAGGUCCCUUGGUAUAUAUUCAGGAAAUCAUUCCUGGAGGAGACUGUUACAAGGAUGGACGUUUGAAGCCAGGAGAUCAACUUGUCUCAAUAAACAAGGAAUCUAUGAUUGGUGUAUCCUUUGAAGAAGCAAAAAGCAUAAUUACAAGAGCCAAGUUGAGGUCAGAAUCUGCUUGGGAGAUAGCAUUCAUAAGACAAAAAUCUGAUGGCAGUCAUCUAGAAAAUCCAUCUUGUACAUCCCUUUUACAAGCUUCCAGAGAAUAUGGACCUCAAGCCUCGACAUUUAGCCUUCUUCCUUCUCCCCCUGAAAUACUAAUUCCAAAGACCUCAUCUACUCCCCAAACUACAGAUACCACUUUAUCUUCUUUUAACAUUAGUCAGAUAAAAACUGGAUACAAGAAAACAGAACAGACUCCAAUUACUUCUUCAGAAAACAGCCCUGCGGAUAUGUCUAAUACAGAUAUUGCCCCUGCAUGGACUGAUAAUUAUGGACCACAAGGAAAGAAGAUUUCCCUAAAUCCCUCUGUUCGCCUUAAGGCAGAGAAACUGGAAAUGGCUCUAGAUUAUCUUGGAAUUCAGCCCACAAAGGAACAACAGCAAGCCCUGAGACAGCAAGUGCAAAUAGACCCAAAGGGGACAGUGUCUUUUGGAGAUUUUGUCCAGGUUGCCAGAAACUUGUUUUGCUUGCAGUUGGACGAAGUAAAUGUCAGUGCACGUGAAAUUUCCAGCAUGUUAGAUUCACAGCUUCUUCCCUGUGAUUCCUCAGAGACAGAUGAAAUAGAAAGGCUUAAGCGUGAAAGAAAUGACGCCUUGGAGGAAGUGAAUGCACUCAAGGAAAAGUUAUUUGAAUCAGAAAGGCAAAAGAAACAAUUGACAGAAGAACUCCAGAAUGUGAAACAAGAAGCCAAAGCCGUGGUGGAAGAAACCAGAGCCCUGCGAAGUCGGAUCCACCUUGCUGAAGCCGCACAGCGCCAGGCACAUGGGAUGGAAAUGGACUACGAAGAGGUGAUCCAUCUGUUAGAGACUGAGAUCACAGAUCUAAAGGCUCAGCUUGCUGAUUGUUCAGACCAAAAUAAAGAAAGUGUUCAGGAGUUAAGAAAGAGAAUCACAGUGCUCGAUUGCCAAUUGCGAAAAUCAGAAAUGGCUCGAAAAACUUUUGAGGCAUCCACUGAAAAGCUUCUUCAUUUUGUAGAGACUAUUCAAGAAUUAUUUUCUGAUAAUUCUUCUCCUUUAUCAAGUUUAAGUGAAAGAAGACCUAUGCUAGCUUCUCAGACUUCCCUCACACCACUAAGAAGGAAUGGACGUAAUAUCCCAGCAACACUGGCACUUGAAUCUAAGGAACUUGUUAAAUCUGUUCGGGCCAUACUUGAUAUGGAUUGCAGAGGGAGAAGCAAGCUCCAUGCAGGGAGCCCAACGUGGGACUCAAUCCCAGGACUCCAGGAUCAUGCCCUGGGCCGAAGACCUACCUUACGGGUGGGAGGAAGCUUACACAGCAGAUGGAAUCAAGUACUUCAUCAAUCACGUAACACAGACGACAUCCUGGAUCCAUCCCGUGAUGAGUGCACUGAACCUGUCCUGCUCAGAGGAGAAUGAAGAAGAUUGUUCCAGAGAACUUACCGAUCAGAAGAGUUGAUGGUCUUCUGUAGGAAACUGAGCUCCAUGGUCUUCUAAUGUCUUAUUCCACGUGGAUGACUCCCAACGAAUAGGAGCAAAACACACUCUACUUAUUGAGGUUCUGAAAUAGAGACUCUGGAUUUAGGCUAUUUUUAUAACACUUUUUUUUUUCUUGUGAUGAGUAUUUUUUACUUUUAUUGAAGUGUAAUUAACAUGCGGUGUUACAUUAGUUUCAGGCAUACAAUAUAGUGAUUCAACAGUUCUAUAACAAUACUCGGUGUUCAUUCAUCAUGAUGAAAGUACUCUUAAUCCCCUUUAUCUAUUUUGUUCAUCCCCCCACCCACCUCCCCUCUGGCAACCACCAUCUUGUUCUCUGUACUCAA